CUAACACGAUGUAUUCAUUAUGGUACAGAAUAUUUUGUCUGUUCUCUCGCUGUCUCUAGCUGCUGUGUCGGCAGGGGUACUGUGUGUCCUUUAAAGACUGGAGGCGAUCGACAAAUAUGCAAUCUGUAUUAUGCUUGAGUAGAAUGCCACCACUGUAUUCUAUUGACAGAUUAGAGAAUGCAUGUUAGUCUAAUUUCUGUACUUCCUGGUGUGCAGUGCGCAGGCUUCAGAUAUCAACAGUUUCUACAGUUUUCAGAAGCACAGCAAGUCCGGCUUUGGUUUACAAAUGCGCAAAAACUGAAACCGUCGCUGUCCUGCAAACAAUCCACGUGCUGACUUCAACUAAUCCAAGCUAAUACGGGUUAUUUUGUUGGUCUAAAUAAAGGUAGUGAAAUCCAACAAAUUGUCAAUUAUGGUGGAGAAGAAAGCUUCUAGUUUGGAAGAGUUGUGCACUUUCGAGGGUUUCAAAAAAGUUUGGAAACAUUACGGCUAUGACAGUGACAUACAGGAAAUGAGAGACGGGGAAUUCAGCAGAAUUAAAGGAAUUACCUAUCUUGAUCACGCAGGCACUACACUCUUUUCACAGUCGCAGAUUGAGGGAUUCUCUCGAGAUCUUGCUGAAAAUGUUUACGGUAAUCCUCACAGCCACAACCUCAGCAGCCGACUGACACACGACACAGUGGAGCACGUCCGAUUCAGGAUAUUACAGCACUUUAAUGUUAGCCCCGAAGAAUACACAGUCAUUUUCACCUCCGGAUGCACUGCAGCUGUCAAAAUGGUAGCUGAAAGCUUUCCUUGGAGGCCUGCAACCCUGGAAGAGCCUGGGAGCCGGUUUUGUUACCUGACAGACAACCAUACCUCUAUUGUGGGCAUCAGAGGGGUUACAUCUCAGCUUGGAGUAACAAACAUUGCAGUUAAACCAGAUGAGUUGUCUGCCUCAACACAAAGUACCGAAAGCAAUAGUGGACCAUCAUUUGAAGAGACGCCUCAUCUGUUCUCCUAUCCUGCACAGAGCAACUUCUCAGGAACGAAAUACCCACUGAGGUGGAUACACCAAAUCCAAACCCGGAAGCUGUACCCCUCACAUGGAACUACAGGCAGGUGGUUCGUGCUUCUGGAUGCUGCCUGCUUUGUGGGAUGCUCCCUGCUGGAUCUCCAAGCCUACCCUGCGGACUUUGUCCCCAUUUCCUUUUACAAAAUCUUUGGCUUCCCUACAGGUUUAGGAGCAUUGCUGGUACGCAAUGAUAGUUCUAGUAUCAUGAGGAAGAACUACUUUGGAGGAGGAACAGCAGCUGCCUACCUGGUUGGAGAACACUUCUUUGUCUCAAGAACGUCCAUAUCGAGCAGGUUUGAAGAUGGUACCAUACCCUUCCUAGAUAUUAUAGCCCUUAAUCAUGGAUUCCAUGCUUUGGAACGCCUCACAAAGGGGAUGAAGAAUAUCAGACUGCACACGUUUGGACUGGCACGCUACACCUACAUGAUCCUGUCCACUCUGCAGCACGCGAAUGGGAAGCCAGUGGCCCGCAUCUAUAGUGAUACUGAGUUCUGUGACCCCAGCACACAAGGGGCAAUUAUUAAUUUCAAUGUGCUGGACAACAAUGGAGACAUCAUUGGGUAUUCUCAGGUGGAUAAACUGGCCAGUCUCUACAACAUCCAGGUGCGCACAGGCUGUUUCUGUAACACUGGUGCCUGUCAGCACCACCUGGGCCUCAGCAAUGAGGAGGUGAAGAGAAACUUGCAGGCAGGGCAUGUCUGCGGGGACAAUAUAGAUAUUAUUGAAGGGCGGCCCACCGGAUCAGUCAGGGUGUCCUUUGGCUACAUGUCUACCUUUGAAGACACGCAGACCUUCUUGAAGUUCAUCAUUGAUUCCUUUGUGAGAGCUCCGGCCCGGCUUGAUGAAUGUAGACUGGCCAGACUGAGAGAAAGCGCUGCUGCAGAAACGACAGAACCUCCCAUUCCUCAGAGCGGUCAACUCGGGCCUGAACCGAACCUGGAGGACCAGGAUCCAAUCCAUGGUGCUGACUUGAAGAAACCUGACUUUGACUCAGUGACGAAUGGUCACUUUGAUGCUGGGAUUCAAAGCAUGAAGAGCAUUGAUGUAGCUGGCACUCUAACCAACAUCUUCCUUUAUCCAAUUAAGUCAUGUGCUGCGUUUGAGGUGAAGCACUGGCCCAUCGGGUCGAAGGGGCUGCUGUACGACCGGACCUGGAUGGUCGUCAACCUUAACAAUGUUUGCCUGACUCAGAAGCAGGAGCCCAGACUGUGCCUGAUCCAGCCACAGAUCGAUCUAGAGCGGAACACCCUGACCAUCGGGGCCGAAGGCAUGAGCACUGUAACCAUCCCUGUGGAGAGUGGAGGCGGGGAGCAGCAGACACGGACCCUCUGCCAGAGCAAAGUGUGUGGGGACAGAGUAAAAACAUUUGACUGUGGGGAUGAGGUGGCUGAUUGGAUUUCAAAGUUUCUUGGAAGACACUGUCGUCUCAUCAGACAGAGUUCAGAUUUCACCAGAGAUGUUAAGAAAAGAUACUUACAAGGUCAAGCGUGGGUCUCAGCCUCCUUGUCUCUGGUGAAUGAAGCGCAGUACCUGAUGGUUAACAGAACCAGCAUUCUACACCUGCAAGAAGAAAUACAGAAGAGGAACGAUGCUAGUACCCUGCACUUUAACACAGAGCAGCUGAUAGGUCGUUUCCGUGCCAACCUUGUUGUUUGUGGGACACAGCCUUUUGAGGAAGAUGGAUGGACAGAACUGAAAAUUGGACACACUUCUUUUCAGGUCGUGGGACAGUGCGGCAGGUGCCAGAUGAUUGGUAUUGACCAGGACACUGGAACAAGAAGCAAGGAGCCACUCCAGACUCUGUCUGCCUGCCGACAAGGGAAGGUUACCUUCGGUGCUUAUCUGCUGCACCAGCCCUCAGAGACUUCAUCGUAUCCCAUCACCAUUUCAGCGGGGUCCUGGAUAUCUGCUAUAGCAAAAAGAGAAGGCAGUGACCCAUCUGCAGAAAAUCAGUCAGGAUAGCCCAACAUGCUACCUGACUGCGUAGUGACAUAGGGACUGUGUGUAUCAUGAGGGGUGUAAGUCUUGAUACAAUAUAUUUCAUGAGACAAGAUUAUGAUGCUCUGUAUAACAUGGAACAAGGUGCAGUGGUCAUUUUUUGUCGUAAAGAAAAAAUAAUAAUUGAGAUUGUGAUGUAAAAAGUACAAUUUAUAUUUGUUAAAAUGAGAAUAUACCCAUUGAAUCUUUAUUCCUAAGACAACUCUGACAAGAGGUCUGGAAAAACUCCAUCCUAAACAAGAGGACCAUUUGGCAAGCUAGAAUCCCUGUUGUGGCUCUCAAUUUCAAACAGAUUUAGUUUACACCUCACACCAUACAACGGAUAAUAGGAUGGUGCAAAUUAUUAUCUUAGUCAUAGACUAAAUGUCUACGACUAAAUGUCUAUUGUAUAAAUGGGUAAUUGUAUGUAAAAAAUAAUGUGAUAUGUUGUAACAAUUGUAAGUCGCCCUGGAUAAGGGCAUCUGCUAAGAAAUAAAUAAUAAUAAUAAUAAUAAUUCUGUACUGAAUCUGUCCAAAAUGAAGUCAUACUGCCCUCUGGUGGACGAUGGAGAUGGUUCAGUUUAGUAAAAUUAACAUGAGCUUCACUCAAGAUUUAUGUUAAAUGUUAUAAGAUCAAUAUUCUUGUGAACUCGUAAAUGUACAAACAAUGAAAAUGUAGUAUAUUAAAAGCCUUACUUAAAUCACUGAAGAUUAAGUCAUGUAUCAUUCAGAAAAUAAUUUAAAUUCAAUGAAUUCAUUAAAAUGAUAACUAUUAGACAUUUAUGAUUUAUUUUGGUACUGCAUUGUGUGAAAUCAGGAGAAUAGAACUGUAAUUAUCAAGUAAAAAUGCAUAAUUUGGGAAAAGUUAUUUCACACGAGUGGUUUUUGUCAUUUUUUACCGAUUACAAUUACUGUAUUUUUAGGUUGAAACUGCCUAAUAAUGAUGAUGAUGAUGAUGAUAAUAAAUGUGUCUCGACACGUUACAGUACACAGUGCUUUGUUUGUGUAGGCUAAGUACAAAUCUAGAUGCUUUUAUAUCAUAAAAAUCUAUGCUUUUAUAUUGUAAAUUGGCCGAGCAGGGGCUUUAGAUUGUGUCAGAAGUUUUCAGCCAUGUGUUUUCUAUUGAAAUGAUUCUAUAUUCACUACCACUACAGAUAUCCUUUCAUUUUUCUUAAACAUACCUAGUAUAAUACUUUAUUACAUGUUGAAAAUGAAUUAUUAUAAUAUAAUACAAUCUACUUAAUAUUUUUGUAACUUUUAAAAUAAAGGAAAGUAUUUUUA